AUGUCGACUACGGCCAUGUCCAAGAAAAACAAGGGGAAGAAGGUCGCCGACCCAAACGAGACGUCCAAGCUUCUCGCCGCCAAAAUUUCGCAGUUAGAGCAGGAUGCGGCGGGAGAAAAAGACCAGGAGCAGGAAAUCGAACGGGAAGUGAAGAAGGCGACUAGGGACCUCAACCAGCUCUUGACCAAUAUCGAAUCCCCAAUGACCCGCCUUGAAACUGUCCAUAAGAAGUACACCGAGCUUCUGGCCGAUAUGAAGAAACUAGACCGUGACUAUGCCAAGAGUAAAAAGCGGGCGGAUCAGCUGCAGAAGGACCAGGACAAAGGAAAAUCGGAGUUGAACAAGACCGUCACUAUGAAAGAUAAACUGGAGAAACUUUGUCGAGAACUGACUAAAGAAAAUAAAAAAGUCAAGCACUUGGCUAAUGUUCCAUCUUUGGGCAAGCAGGACGAGAAUAAGAAACUCGAGGAGAACGAGAAGAAGGCCCGCGCGAUUGUCAAUGAGCGACUCGACUCUCUUCUGUACGACAUUCAAGAUGUGAUGGCUGCGAAGGGUAAUCCUCGAAGCGAGAAAAUCGACAUUGACCUGGACGAAGCUCUCCGAGCCAAGAUUAAGACCAUUGGUGAAAAGUUCGAGAUGCGCGAGUUACACUAUAAGUCGUUAUUACGCAGCAAGGAUGCUGAAAUCCAGUGUCUCACCGCCAAGUAUGAAGAACAGCGUCGUGCAGCGGAAAAUGAGGCUGCUCGCUGUCGCGCGCUGAGCUCUCAGGUGUCUACAUUUUCGCACACCGAAUCGGAAUUGCGCAGUCAGCUGAAUAUCUAUGUGGAAAAGUUCAAACAGGUCGAGGAUACUUUGAACAACAGUAACGAGCUGUUCCUGACUUUCCGCAAAGAGAUGGAGGAGAUGUCGAAAAAGACCAAGAGGCUAGAAAAGGAGAAUCUCACUCUAACUCGCAAGCACGAUCAGACGAAUCGUAACAUACUGGAAAUGGCUGAGGAACGCACAAGAAAUCACGAAGAACUCGACAAAUGGCGGAAGAAAAGCCACCAUCUCGAAGCGCUAUGUCGGCGGAUGCAAGCUCAGGGCCGUGGUCAGGGUCUAGCUGUGGAUUUGGAUGGCGAUGAUGAAGGAACAGAGAGCGAAUAUGAGGAGGACUACGAAGACGAAGAGGAUGAGGAGGGUAUUAGUGACGAAGAGUAUGAGCUCGAGAGCGCCAGCGGAGAUCACACCAUGCCUCAGCAGCCAGAGAAGCCAGUGUUUGGGCCGCCACCACCACCGAGCCUUCUGGAGGCGCGAGCUAAUGGGAAAGCUGUCUUGAAUGGAUGCCACUAACGUUUGGACAAGAUAAAAGGGGGCCUACUCUAGCAAUGUAGGGAGUGGUAUUAUUGCAGUUAGUAUCCGGCGAUUUUGCAGAGCUUAAGGCUCAAUGAACAAAAAAUGCCUGUC